AUGGUACCAAAACGGACAUCAUGGAUGUCUUCUCUCAGCCUCGGAUCAUUGGCCGCGUCGCGCCACCAGGCUCGUCCUUAUAUCCAGGCACCUUCUGGCUUCCCAGCUUCCCAUCGUGCAUGCCUGUCCAAGAUAUGGCUGCCAACCGGAGGUAUCACCGCGUCUGGCGAGGAAGAUGGGCACUCAAAACUGAUCCGCGCCGGGUAUCUUCGCCAAUCCCACGCCGGCAUCUUUCACAUGCUGCCACUCGGACAAAGAGUGCAAGAGAAGCUUGAAAAACUGAUCGACAAGCAUAUGAUGCAAGUUGGGGCUUCCAAGGUCUCCCUGUCGUCAAUAUCUUCUCAAGCCCUCUGGGAGAAAACCAGCCGCCUGGACGGUUACGGACCCGAGCUUUUCCGCUUGAACGACAGGAAAGAAACGCCCUACCUACUGGCACCUACGCAUGAGGAGGAGAUCACGACUCUGGUUUCGAAGUUGGCGACGUCCUACAAGAAUCUCCCAAUCAGACUCUAUCAAAUUGGGCGCAAGUAUCGCGACGAGAUGCGACCCCGCCAUGGACUUCUUCGCUCAAGAGAAUUCGUGAUGAAGGAUCUCUACACAUUCGAUGCCACUAUUGAAUCUGCAUUGCAGACAUACUCGGAGGUCCGCGCUGCCUAUUCCCGUCUCUUUGACGAGCUAAAGCUACCCUACCUGGUUGCAGAAGCCAGCUCGGGCGACAUUGGCGGAGACUUGAGUCAUGAAUACCACCUGCCUUCGACGGUUGGGGAGGAUAACGUCCUCAGCUGUGAUAGCUGUACGUAUGUGGCCAAUGAGGAACUGGCCGUGGCUAGACCUAGAUCAUCCGACAAGGCACAGUCAUUGGUAAAGCAUUGCUGGCAUGGCAUUACCAAGGAUCGUUCCACCUUGGUCACUGUCUGGUGCAUGGUGCCUCAGGAGCUCGCGGACUCUCCCGUCAACACUCACGCUAUCAAAUCCAUUGUCCCAGGGCUGGACUCGGGCGUGGAGGACCCCAAAGCUUUAUGGGAGUCUGUGAUCAAAUCCGCGACACGUGAGGCGGCAGAAAAACCGAAGACGAUUCACAUCGUAGAUCAGACGUACGGCAAUCAGACUUUGGAAGCAGCAGAUCUGUCAUCAGCCACCACAGAAGUUGAGGUUAUCAAGUCUUCUCAGGGUGGCCAGCCACUCAAUAUCUUGAAGAUCCAGAAUGGCGAUAGUUGCGCUCAGUGCUCUUCUGGGACACUCAGACUACAAAAGGCCGUCGAACUCGGCCACACCUUUCACCUUGGCACCCGUUACUCUGAGCCGCUGGGUGCCAAUGUUCAACUCCGCGAGAACAUCACUGUUCCCAUGCAGAUGGGCUGUCAUGGUAUUGGUGUCUCGCGCAUUCUUGGGGCGGUGGCAGAUCAUCUAGCCGACGAGAAGGGCCUGAACUGGCCCCGUGUUAUUGCACCGUUCGAGGUUGUCGUCAUCCCCGGUCGUGGCGUGGAGGAGGGCGACGCCAUUCGCGUCUACGACCACAUUGCCAAGGGCGAUGGAUCUCAGGACUCAAAGGCUACCCAGCCCGUCGAUGUGGUUCUAGAUGACCGAACCGAAUCCUUCCCCUGGAAAAUGAAGGAUGCAGACACUGUAGGAUAUCCAAUCAUCGUCUUGCUAGGACGCAACUGGGCAUCGGAAGGACUCUGCGAAGUGCAGUGCCGGAGGCUAUCUGUGAAGAAAAAUGUACCAUUAAGCGACCUUCCUGUAUGUAUCAAUGAUCUGCUCUCGCAGCUGUAA